AUGCCAAGUUACUUCAUUCCUGGUGCCCUAGUUACUGUUCUGUUUUUCUUAUGGGGUUUCAGUUAUGGACUUCUCGAUACUUUAAAUAAACACUUUCAAAAUGUACUUCAUAUCACAACUACACAAACAACCUUUAUGCAAGUCGCAUACUUUGGUGCAUACUUUGUAUUCAGUAUACCUGCUGGUAUGAUCUCAAAAAGAUUUGGAUAUAAGCGCGCAAUCAUCUUUGGUUUAGCACUAUACGUUAUCGGUGCUAUCGGAUUCUACCCCUCAGCGGUUACACUCCAGUAUGGAGGUUUCGUCGCUUCCCUAUUUGUUAUUGCAUGCGGUUUGGCCACACUUGAAAACUGCGCAAACACAUAUAUUGCUAUCAUUGGAUCUCGUAAAUGGGCACCGUUCCGUAUUAAUGUAGCCCAGGCAUUCAACGGUAUUGCCUCUGCUGUUGCUCCAGUUAUUGCAUCAUAUGCUUUCUUUGGUGGUGAUGAAGGGGCCACAGAUAGCUUGGAAACAGUCAAGUGGACAUAUAUUGGUGUCGCAUGUGGUGUGUUUGUUAUUGGUGUACUGUUUUGCUUUGCAAAGAUUCCUGAAGUGGAUGAAGAGGCUAUGAUGGCUGCCGAAGCUCUUGCAACUGGUGUUACGAUUCGUCGUGCUUCCCUUGCCUCUCCACAUCUCUUGCUUGGCGCGCUGGCCCAAUUCUGUUACACAGGUGCUCAAGUGUGUGUUGCUUCUCUUUUCAUUUUCUAUGGAAAUGAGGUUGGAGGGUUUAAGGAUUCCUAUAGCUCUCAGCUACUUUCGUAUGGUCAGCUGUGCUUUACCGUUGGUCGUAUCUUUGGAGCUAUUCUUUUACGCAAGUUCCGUGCAGACCAUCUUAUGGCAGUUUUUUCUGCAUGUGCUUCUAUCAUCAAUAUUUUUGUUAUUGCUAUGCGUACUCCCAAGACAACAUAUUCUCUUUUGGCCCUACUGUUCUUUGAGUCUGUUAUGUACCCAACAAUCUUUGCGCUAGCAACCAGAGAUCUGGGCCGUAACUACAAACGAGGAGCAUCUAUGGUUAUUAUGGGUGUCGGAGGUGGUGCUUUACUCCCACCAGUUCAGGCGGCAAUCAAGGACAGCGUUGGUAUUCACAUCUCUUUUGUCAUCCCAUUGAUUGCAUAUGUAUAUGUCCUGUUUUAUGCAAUCUGGGGCUGCCACAUAGUUCGAUAUGUGGAUGAGCCAGUGGAUGUUGAAGAAUUCGGAGACGGUAAACCCCAAAUCAGUCAGAUCGAACUCGAGUCAUCCAGUUUUGAAAAGACUCAAGUUUCCCACAAGUAA